AGCAGGUCCGUGGUGUUUGCAUCAGACAGAAGCCAGAGGCCAACAGUUGGGACACAGCUGUGCCCAAGGUCAUACAAGUUAUCAGCAAAGCAACAUUAUUCUCCACCACACCACACCACCACCACACAUCUCACUGACUUCAAGAACAACUGACAGUCAGCAAGAUGAGCAAGCCGCUGGUGGGUGUGCAUGACUAUGAACGGGAGGCUCAGCGGCGCCUGCCAAAAACUGCGCUUGACUAUUAUCGGUCAGGUGCCCUGGAUGAAGUGACCCUCAAGGAAAACAAAGAGGCCAUGAACAGGUGGUACAUUCGGCCCAGAUUCAUGCGGGAUGUGUCACAGCGCAGCUUGGCUACCACCCUGCUGGGCCACAAGGUCACUGUGCCGUUUGGAGUGGCCCCAACAGCCAUGCAGCGAAUGGCUCACCCUGACGGGGAAGUGGCCACAGCGCGAGCAGCAGGACGGAUUGGUGCCCCCUUUACCCUCAGCACCAUCAGCACAUCCAGCCUGGAGGAGGUGGCUAAAGCAGCCUCAAACACACUGCGCCUCUUUCAGCUCUACAUCUACAAAGACAGAGAGCUGACAGCCUCCCUGGUCAGGAGGGCCGAAGCUGCUGGCUUUUCGGCACUGGUACUCACUGUGGACGCACCGUACUUUGGCAUCCGCCGUGCAGAUGUUAGAAAUCAAUUCACCCUCCCUCCUCAUCUCAGGAUGGCCAACUUCCAAAGUGCUGAAGCAUCGGGUGGUCAUAUCCACGCCUCAGAUGGUGGUUCAGGGAUCAACGAAUAUGUGGCCUCACUGUUUGACGCAUCGCUCACCUGGGAUGACGUGGCCUGGCUCAAAAGCAUCACCAAGCUUCCCGUGGUGCUCAAGGGGAUCCUAACCAGGGAGGAUGCAGUGCUGGGCAUGAAGGCCGGUGCUGCAGCUAUCUGGGUGUCCAACCAUGGUGCUCGACAGGUGGAUGGUGUAGCCCCCACGAUGGAGGCCCUCCCUGAGGUGGUGGAAGCAGUGGGUGGUCGCUGUGAGGUGUACGUGGAUGGAGGCUUCUCCCAGGGAGCAAACAUCUUCAAGGCCCUCGCUCUCGGGGCAAACAUGGUGUUCAUGGGGCGGCCGCUGCUGUGGGGUCUGGCCUGCGGUGGCGAGGAUGGAGCAUGGAGCGUGUUGGACACAGUACGGACAGAGCUGGAAUCCACCAUGGCACUGUCAGGGUGUCCCACAGUACCAGACAUCACCCGGGCAAUGGUGAUGCGCCGUGACACCCGUGCCCACCUCUGAUGUACUGCCAUGCCACCCAACACACUGCUGGCUACUACUCCCACCUGCCACCCGCCACCUGCAGCUCACCAACCAACACAAAUAAACUGAACGAGCCAUGUAUAAUUUUCUCUCCAUCCGUAUUAGACAAACAAUCCGCUCUUCACACAGGUCAAACAUUACUUGAUGACUGGUGCUCACACCUGCUGUCCCAUAUGACCAUUAUGUACAAAUGAUUCAUUUUCAAUUAAAGACAUCAUUGAAGCAAUUUUCUUUUCUUAACUUUCCUCCUUCUUUAGAGGCAGUGGUGUACUGGGUAAGGUGGUGAGCAUGGGAUUGGGCAGAUGUCCACACAUGGGUUGAAAUCCCACCACAUACCGCUCUGAAGCUAUGCCAUUUGUUGAGUGGUUUAUGAUGGGCACUACUUAGUUAAUGCGCAAUAUGCUACCCUAUGUACUGUGGCUGUGUAUUACUCCACAAAACCCACACACGUAGUCAGUCUGGUCCCAACACAGCUUCGGGAUAGAGACUCACGGCUUACACUUUGCCAGGCAUCUCUCUUGCCUUUGUCUGACUGGUUAUCCUGUCCUGCAUAGCCAGUCUACCUCUACACUGUCAGACUCCAGUUGUCUACACUGUACUUCUCAUCACGGCCACUGCUAUAAGUCUCACCCCAGCCGCUACUUGCUACCAACUACAAGUCUCACCCCGGCCGCCGGCAACUUUUCAAGCCUCCUCGCUACCAAGCUACCAAGCCUCCAAGCUUCAGUACUACUUGUAAUUUACCAAUAAACACAGGGAACAGA